AUGUUUAGACACUCAAUUAGACCUUUUAAGUCCGCCUUUGUUCGUUUCUCCAGCAAUUCGGCAAAACCCAUUGUGGUGGAUGGGAAGUCCUACCAUGGAGAUGAGUGGACAAACGUACCCCCAUUCAUUCUCAAUCUAAUAGAUCGAAAGUUGCAUAAAAAUGUGAACCAUCCAAUUGGGAUAUUACAUGACUUGAUUCGCCAAAACGUAGAUGGUAUGGGCUAUACCGUGUAUGACAAUUUUCACCCCAUUGUCUCCAAAUAUCAGAAUUUUGAUAGUUUGGGGUUCCCGGAAGACCAUGUGGGGAGAUCAAAAUCAGACACAUACUAUUUCAACAAAGAUUAUCUUUUGAGAACCCAUACUUCUGCACACGAGCAGGAAUGUUUUAUCAAUUCUAAAACACCCGGGUAUUUGAUCACAGCUGAUGUGUACAGACGAGAUGAAGUUGAUAGAACGCAUUAUCCUGCAUUCCACCAGUUAGAAGGUGCUAGAGUAUACAAGAAGGGCGAUUUGGAACAGAUCCAACGAGAUAUAGACGCAAUUCCAGAAACAAACAUUAUUGUGGAAGACCCUUUUAGAGAAAGUCCUGUCACGGCAAAUAACCCUGGGCAAGACUAUAUGUCUAACGAAGAAAUAAGGCUCGUUUCCACUCAUUUGAAAAAGACGGUCGAAUAUAUCGUCAAUCAAGUAUUUGAGCGAGCCAGAGAAUCAGCUAAAAAAGCUGGAUCCACAGAACCAUACUUGAACGAGCCUUUAAAAGUACGCUGGGUUGAGGCCUAUUUCCCAUGGACCUCACCAUCGUGGGAAAUUGAAGUAUGGUGGAAAGGUGAGUGGUUAGAAUGUUGCGGUUGUGGUGUUGUGCAACAACAGGUGUUGCUAAACUCAGGUUUAGGAGACCAAAAGAUUAGUUGGGCUUUUGGAAUCGGUUUGGAUAGAAUUGCUAUGCUUUUGUUUGAUAUUCCCGACAUUAGACUCUUUUGGACACAGGAUGAGAGAUUCCAUAAGCAGUUCAAGCAAGGAGAAAUAAGCACUUUUGUGCCUUACUCAAAAUAUCCAGGAGUCAAGCGAGAUGUAUCCUUUUGGCUUAAUGACGAUUACAAGUUGCAUGCAAACGAUGUUAUGGAGAUUGUGAGGAACCGUGCUGGUGAUUUGGCAGAGAGCGUGGUGAAUGUAGAUGAGUUUGUCCACCCAAAAACUGGUAAAAGGUCGCAAUGUUAUAGAAUCAACUAUCAAUCGAUGGAUCGAAAUUUGACAAACAACGAAAUCAAUUCAAUUCACGACAUGGUGGAGCAAGACCUUGUCGAUCGUUUUAAAGUUGAGGUUAGAUAA